GCAGUGGUUGGGCACAGAGAGCCGUUGCCUGAUGACAGUAGAGACAACAUCACUAUUUUCACCCGGAUCCUGGACAGACUACUGGAUGGCUACGACAACCGGCUUCGCCCCGGACUAGGAGGUAGGCUGGUUUGUUGUGCGAAGACACUGCCCACCUCUCCCUACCUCUAACAGAGCCAGACAUACUGCUAAUAGUGCCUUUUGGGCUUUGCCACACACAAUGUGUAGGAUUCUCUCUAAGCUGCUGAGUCUGCCAUCCACCACUUUAAUAAAAUUGUCUUUGAAACAUUCAUUAUAUAGCCAUACAUUGCUUCAAAGAGAUCAUCAGCUAGCUAGCAUAUUACCUUUUUGCAAUGUCUGUCUGCCUCUACUACCCAAAACUAUUAAAGUAAGCUAGUUUUAACUAGAAGAAUCAAUCAGCAAAUCAUAAAGACCUUCACUAGCUGAAUCAGGUGUGUUAGUACUGGCUUGGGACAAAAGCUUGAACACAUGAUAUGGUCCCCCAGGAUCAGGAGUGAAGUACAAUUAAUAUCUAGCUAGUUAGAAAGAAGCCGCUGUCCACUGCCUCUACUGAAACAGAGAGCACCUGCGAGUCCUCUCCUCCCUCCCUCCUCCCUACCUCCCCGCAUUGUCAGCCCAGGCUCACCAAGCCAGGCAGCUAGCCGUGGCAUGCAGUGAUGGAUUUGGAGCUGUGACCCCAUGAACAAUUGGGUCCCUUGUCAGCGUGCCCUCCAUUGAUCCUUCAGAGCCAUACAAUGGUGUCAUUAACAGCUCAGUUUCCCUGAUCAUAGUGAGAGGAGGCUACAGCUCUUCAGAUCUUGAACAUAUUGCUUUUUGGAACAAUGAAAUUAUUAAUCCUCCUCACAAGGAGAUGCUUAUCGCCAGCAGAAUGCUACAAGGACUCUAUUCAAAACAGCAGCUUCUUGGCUUGCAAGCCCAGUCUUCAAAUGCCAGAGGUCCAGCAGAGCUCUGAUUUCCUGCCCACUGGGGACGGCCCUGCCCUGCCUGCAGAGGAAGUGCUAAUGCUACAUCAUUUAAUUCUAAUUUUACAUCAGCUAAUGCUAACACUACAUCAUCUAAUGCUACGUCAGCUAAUGCUAAUGCUACAUCAUCAUCAGGUUGGUGAUAAGACCAUGUGCUAAUGAUUUUACAUUUAUUGUGGAUUUUUUCAAAAUGGAGCUUAUUAUAAGUCAUUUUGAAUUCUCAGUUAGAGGUCUGUGAGAGUGUGAAUAUGAAAUCCAUGUGAUGUUUUAAGCUGACAGUGCUGCGCACCCCCGCUCUAUUCCAUACCCACUAGGAUGUAUGAUAAAUCUGUCACCAUACUAGCUUUGCCACCUACAGUGAGGGAAAAAAGUAUAUGAUCCCCUGCUCAUUUUGUACGUUUGCCCACUGACAAAGAAAUGAUCAGUCUAUAAUUUUAAUGGUAGGUUUAUUUGAACAGUGAGAGACAGAAUAACAACAAAAAAAUCCAGAAAAACGCAUGUCAUUGAUUGAUUACUUCUGUGGACAGGUGUCUUUUAUACAGGUAACGAGCUGAGAUUAGGAGCACACUCUUAAAGGGAGUGCUCCUAAUCUCAGUUUGUUACCUGUAUAAAAGACACCUGUCCACAGAAAUAAUCAAUCAAUCAGAUUCCAAACUCUCCACCAUGGCCAAGACCAAAGAACUCUCCAAGGAUGUCAGGGACAAGAUUGUAGACCUACACAAGGCUGGAAUGGGCUACAAGACCAUCGCCAAGCAGCUUGGUGAGAAGGUGACAACAGUUGGUGCGAUUAUUCGCAAAUGGAAGAAACACAAAAUAACUGUCAAUCUCCCUUGGCCUGGGGCUCCAUGCAAGAUCUCACCUCGUGGAGUUGCAAUGAUCAUGAGAACGGUGAGGAAUCAGCCCAGAACUACAUGGGAGGAUCUUGUCAAUGAUCUCAAGGCAGCUGGGACCAUAGUCACCAAGAAAACAAUUGGUAACACACUACGCCGCGAAGGACUGAAAUCCUGCAGCGCCCGCAAGGUCCCCCUGCUCAAGAAAGCACAUAUACAGGGCUGUCUGAAGUUUGCCAAUGAACAUCUGAAUGAUUCAGAGGAGAACUGGGUGAAAGUGUUGUGGUCAGAUGAGACCAAAAUGGAGCUCUUUGGCAUCAACUCAACUCGCCGUGUUUGGAGGAGGAGGAAUGCUGCCUAUGACCCCAAGAACACCAUCCCCACCGUCAAACAUGGAGGUGGAAACAUUAUGCUUUGGGGGUGUUUUUCUGUUAAGGGGACAGGACAACUUCACCGCAUCAAAGGGACGAUGGACGGGGCCAUGUACCGUCAAAUCUUGGGUGAGAACCUCUUUCCCUCAGCCAGGGCAUUGAAAAUGGGUUGUGGAUGUGUAUUCCAGCAUGACAAUGACCCAAAACACACGGCCAAGGCAACAAAGGAGUGGCUCAAGAAGAAGCACAUUAAGGUCCUGGAGUGGCCUAGCCAGUCUCCAGACCUUAAUCCCAUAGAAAAUCUGUGGAGGGAGCUGAAGGUUCGAGUUGCCAAACGUCAGCCUCGAAACCUUAAUGACUUGGAGAAGAUCUGCAAAGAGGAGUGGGACAAAAUCCCUCCUGAGAGGUGUGAAAACCUGGUGGCCAACUACAAGAAACGUCUGACCUCUGUGAUUGCCAACAAGGGUUUUGCCACCAAGUACUAAGUCAUGUUUUGCAGAGGGGUCAAAUACUUAUUUCCCUCAUUAAAAUGCAAAUGAAUUUAUAACAUUUUUGACAUGCGUUUUUCUGGAUUUUUUUGUUGUUAUUCUGUCUCUCACUGUUCAAAUAAACCUACCAUUAAAUUAUAGACUGAUCAUUUCUUUGUCAGUGGGCAAACGUACAAAAUCAGCAGGGGAUGAAAUACUUUUUUCCCUCACUUGUAUGCACUUUCCAUGACUCUCCGACCUCCCAGACAGAGAAAUCUCAGGUUCCCUCCAAAUGUGUUGGAUGUAUUCUGUAUUCCAAAGCCCUCGGCAUGUGCAUUUUGAUUAAUGGCCAAUGUUAUGUUGCCAAGGGAACUCUAGAUUCCAUAGCGGCAUGUUCUGGAAGCAUUCCAUCGGUUUCACUCCGUCUCGGAGCAACGACUGGCAGACAGCCACUCACAGCCUUACAUCAAAGCCCCUCGUUCAUUUACAUCCUGCAAUCGAUUAAAUCUAAGUUAAGGCCGUGAGGCUCUAAUUGGAAACCUUAUAGUAAAAGGUGAUUCCCCCCACUUCCGUCAUCGCAUUUAGGAUGACUCAUGUGCAGCAGACUGUUGGCAGUCUCUCUCAGUGUUUCAUCUCCAGUCCUUAACUCUAUUCUGAAAAUGCACAUUUCACCCAAUUACACAGGAAAUGUUGUUUACCCAGACUGUGCAGAUAGGAAGCGCUCCCAGUUAAAGGAUUAUACACAAUAGAGCGCAUUAGGAUAAUGCACAGUGAAUAGCAUCAUCUGACACCAAUACAAACAAGUCCCUGUAAACAGGCCUAAAUAUGAUUUUAAUGUGGUCCUGCCAACCCUCAUUAUUCCUGUGAUUCCUCAUCUCAGUUUGUGACCGUGAUAAUGAUGCAAACACUCUCCCUAAAAACAACCUCUAUCAAAGUCUCGCUACCUCCAUAGGUUCAGCCUUGUUUAUUUGGUUGAGUGGUGAGACAUCAAACAUUCAUGUUCCUGCCUCUGUCAUUGGAUUUGAAGUUUGGAAAGUGAGCUGACUUUACUAAACUGACAUCAACAACCAACCUGAAGUAGACAGAGCAGCAGUAUGGCCUGGCGGUCAGGGAAAGGACUGGUAACCAUCUUACAUGGAGCACUCCUCUGUUCUUUGAUGAAGGUACUUAAACUCGACCUUUUUGUCUUCUCCUCAUGUCCAAGCAGAGAGUGUGACGGAGGUGAGGACAAAUAUCUACGUGACCAGCUUUGGACCGGUGUCAGACACAGACAUGGUGAGUGUUAUAUUACUGUACCAUCCGGCGCCCAGAUCCUCAGAAUGUGACCCCGAUAGGACCAGCAUAACUUAUCAAAUAAUUCACCCCAAAAAAAUGUUGGUGUCAUUUAUACUAUAUUUGAGACAAAACUGUUGUAAUUAUGUCACACUUAGAGAAGGAGUUUUUAAGGUAAGGUCACAUUGAUUGGACUAUCCAAGCAUCUUGCCCUGGGUUGUACUAUAUAUCUACCAUCCUAUAGUGAGUGACUGGCUAAACAUGACAUCAUCGGUUAUAGGCCAUGAAUGUGGAUGAGACUAGUGUAUAGAAAAGUACAUACAAUGCAACAGAAAGUGACACAUUGAUCCCAGUGACCACCGAGACUGAUGCGGGGUCAAAACAAUGUUGACUCAACGACACAGUCUAGAGCAGGAUUCCCCAACUGGCGGCCUGCGGGUGGUUCUAUUUGGCCCGUAAUUUGUCUCAGCAAAAAUUGUUGGACAUGAAAGACUGUAAAAAUACCAGGAAAUCAGCUCCAAGUGAUUUUAAUUUAGGAAAUCUGUUCCCAAGUAUUCCCACUCAUACAACAUGUAAAGUGUUGGUCCCAUGUUUCAUGAGCUGAAAUAAAAGAUCCCAGAAAUCUUUCAUGUGCACAAAAAGCUUAUUUCUUUCAAAUGUUGUGCUCAUAUUUGUUUACAUCCCUGUUAGUGAGCAUUUCUCCUUUGUCAAGAUAAUCCAUCCACCUGACAGGUGUGGCAUAUCAAGAAGCUGAUUAAACAGCAUGGUCAUUAAACAUGUGCACCUUGUGCUGGGGACAAUAAAAGGCCUCUCUAAAAUGUGCAGUUUUGUCACACAACAUAAUGCCACAGAUGUCUCACAUUUUUAGGGAGCAUGCAAUUGGCAUGCAGACUGCAGGAAUGUCCACCAGAGCUGUUGCCAGAGAAUUGAAUGUUCAUUUCUCUACGAUAAGCCUCCAACGUCAUUUUAGAGAAUUUGGCAGUACGUCCAACCGGCCUCACAACUGCAGACCACGUGUAUGGCGUCGUGUGUGCGAACGGUGUGAUGAUGUCAACAUUGUGAGCAGAGUGCCCCAUGGUGGCGGUGGACAAUGAACACAAUUGCAUUUUAUCAUUUUAUCGAUGGCAAUUUGAAUGCACAGAGAUACCGUGACGAGAUCCUGAGGUCCAUUGUCGUGCCAUUCAUCCGCCGCCAUCACCUCAUGAUAAUGCACGGCCCCAUGUCGCAAGGAUCUGUACACAAUUCCUGGAAGCGGAAAAUGUCCCAGUUCUUCUAUGGCCUGCAUACUCACCAGACAUGUCACCGAUUGAGCACGUUUGGGAUGCUCUGGAUUGAUGUGGAUGCUCUGGAUCAACUUCGCACAGCCAUUGAAGUGGAGUGCAACAACAUUCCACAGGCCACAAUCAGCAGCCUGAUCAACUCUAUGCGAAGGAUAUGUGUCGCGCUGCAUGAGGCAAAUGGUGGUCACACCAGAUACUGACUGGUUUUCUGAUUCACGCCCCCUACUUUUUUUUAAAUGGUAUCCUUUACCAACAGAUGCAUAUCUGUAUUCCCAGUCAUGUGAAAUCCCUAGAUUAGGGCCUAAUGAAUUUGUUUUAAUUGACUGAUUUCCUUAUACACUGCUCAAAAAAAUAAAGGGAACACUUAAACAACACAAUGUAACUCCAAGUCAAUCACACUUCUGUGAAAUCAAACUGUCCACUUAGGAAGCAACACUGAUUGACAAUAAAUGUCACAUGCUGUUGUGCAAAUGGAAUAGACAACAGGUGGAAAUUAUAGGCAAUUAGCAAGACACCCCCAAUAAAGGAGUGGUUCUGCAGGUGGUGACCACAGACCACUUCUCAGUUCCUAUGCUUCCUGGCUGAUUUUUUGGUCACUUUUGCUGGCGGUGCUUUCACUCUAGUGGUAGCAUGAGACGGAGUCUACAACCCACAUAAGUGGCUCAGGUAGUGCAGCUCAUCCAGGAUGGCACAUCAAUGCGAGCUGUGGCAAGAAGGUUUGCUGUGUCUGUCAGCGUAGUGCCCAGAGCAUGGAGGCGCUACCAGGAGACAGGCCAGUACAUCAGGAGACGUGGAGGAGGCCGUAGGAGGGCAACAACCCAGCAGCAGGACCGCUACCUCCGCCUUUGUGCAAGGAGGAGCAGGAGGAGCGCUGCCAGAGCCCUGCAAAAUGACCUCCAGCAGGAUACAAAUGUGCAUGUGUCUGCUCAAACAGUCAGAAACAGACUCCAUGAGGGUGGUAUGAGGGCUCGACGUCCACAGGUGGGGGUUGUGCUUACAGCCCAACACCGUGCAGGACGUUUGGCAUUUGCCAGAGAACACCAAGAUUGGCAAAUUCGCCACUGGCGCCCUGUGCUCUUCACAGAUGAAAGCAGGUUCACACUGAGCACAUGUGACAGAUGUGACAGAGUCUGGAGACGCCGUGGAGAACGUUCUGCUGCCUGCAACAUCCUCCAGCAUGACCGGUUUGGCGGUGGGUCAGUCAUGGUGUGGGGUGGCAUUUCUUUGGGGGGCCGCACAGCCCUCCAUGUGCUCGCCAGAGGUAGCCUGACUGCCAUUAAGUACCGAGAUGAGAUCCUCAGACCCCUUGUAAGACCAUAUGCUGGUGCGGUUGGCCCUGGGUUCCUCCUAAUGCAAGACAAUGCUAGACCUCAUGUGGCUGGAGUGUGUCAGCAGUUCCUGCAAGAGGAAGGCAUUGAUGCUAUGGACUGGCCCGCCCGUUCCCCAGACCUGAAUCCAAUUGAGCACAUCUGGGACAUGUCUCGCUCCAUCCACCAACACCACGUUGCACCACAGACUGUCCAGAAGUUGGCAGAUGCUUUAGUCCAGGUCUGGGAGGAGAUCCCUCAGGAGACCAUCCGCCACCUCAUCAGGAGCAUGCCCAGGCGUUGUAGGGAGGUCAUACAGGCACGUGGAGGCCACACACACUAAUGAGCCUAAUUUUGACUUGUUUUAAGGACAUUACAUCAAAGUUGGAUCAGCCUGUAGUGUGGUUUUCCACUUUAAUUUUGAGUGUGACUCCAAAUCCAGGCCUCCAUGGGUUGAUACAUUUGAUUUCCAUUGAUAAUUUUUGUGUGAUUUUGUUGUCAGCACAUUCAACUAUGUAAAGAAAAAAGUAUUUAAUAAAAUUAUUUCAUUAAUUCAGAUCUAGGAUGUGUUAUUUUAGUGUUCCCUUUAUUAUUUUGAGCAGUGUAUAAACUGUAACUCAGUAAAAUCUUUGAAAUUGUUGCAUGUUGCGUUUAUAUUUUUGUUCAGUAUAGAAAGAUUAUGUUUUAGUCAAAUAUUAUAUCUGUUUGGGCAGUAAAUCUGCAGUCUACAAAUUAUUUGUAAUUAUGUUCCGGCCCCCCGACCCUCCUCCGCUCAAGAAAAAAUUGGCCCACAGCUGAAUCUAGUUAAUGAUCCCUGGUCUAGAGCCUAUUGGUUACCUAACAAGUGGAGAAUGGCUUUUUAUGCAGAUACAUAUGUAGUAUCUUAAUUUGAGCCAGUUUGCUACAGCAGGAAUGUAAUCCUGCAGCAACAGGAAAUGUGAGUUAUUAUGUGGAUUAUAAUUAAUAUAAAUUUUUGUAGGGGUUGAUACAGUUUUCUUAAGGGAGAUUACAAAACUUUAGAAGCCUUUUUAAACCUAAAAUACACUACACGUUUAAAAUGUCCUGCAUUGCAGGAAAGUUCUCUUGCAACUGGGUGAUCAAAUUAAGAUCCUACACCUGUACAUAUUCAGACAUCCCUUUCCCAUUCAGUGACACAACAUUUCAGCUGCUUAGAAUGGAAUGGAUUCAUUUUAGAGAUCAGGAAAUUGGUUAUGGGGCAGGCCUGGAGGAAUCGCAUACCUCUUAAUCAUACACACAAUUGGGUUUGGCAUGUAAGAUGAAUCACCCGAGCCAUGCAGCGCCCCUGCUCAUUCUGCACAGGCAGGCCCUCAUCUACUAAUAGUGAGACGGAAUCAGAGUGCAAUCGGCUACAUUAUAUGGAGUGUAAACCGUAGUUGAAUUACAAAGCAAUAAUUAGUAAGGUUAACAUUAUCAUAAUCAUCCUUUGUGUAUCAAAAUGAUUUCUAGAAAUUAUAUAAUUAUUAAUUAGCAAAAAGUAGGACCGUUUAACGCCUGGGAAACAGAUCUAAUUAACAGCAUAUUACAUGAUUUCCCUUUUUCUUAGAGGACAACCUAUACCCAGGGCAGCUCACAACUUGGUGUCUCACACAUCCAGUGGUCCAAUUACCCAUCUGUGUGCCACCCCCAGCCAGUCUUAGGAAUCCUCCACCCCACUCCCCUACCCCCGCUCCUACCCUCAGGGCCAGUCCUCCUGCCUCCUCACUGGGCCCAAUAUGCCAUGUCUGCUCCACUUUCUACAACGUCACGACAGAUGACAAGUAA